GUGGCACUGCGAUGUAUGCAAAUUAGACAGUUUAGUCAAGGUCCUCGCGAGCUUAACAGUGAAGUGAAGAGAGAGAGUGGAAAAGAGGUGGUGUGGCAAGAGGGAGAGAGAGACAGAGAAGUGACACAAAUCAAUGUGAGCACCCAAACCACCAUCACCAGCAGCAGCAGCGGCGGCAGCAGCAGUCUUUCACCCCCCUACCGACCUCCAUCACCUCCCUGUCUUUCAGUGAGAGAGACCAGUGGAGAACGGGAGUCACAGGAAAGACGGGCUCCUCAGCAGCGCAGCAUCCGGUUUGAAGGGGCUAAGUGGACAGAGCAGCUGAUUACUUCUGGAUAUUUUUUUCCUUCAUAUUGCUCAUCAAGUAACUGGAUGUCUUCCAAGCGACCAGCCUCUCCAUAUGGGGGGACAGAUGGAGAGGUAACCAUGGCAACCAGCAGACAGCGAGUGGAGGAUGAGGAGAGUGAGGGACUGGGCGGUGUCAUCCACCUCCCCCUGGCCUCCUACUGCAACAAGGUGUCCCCUCGCUCGCCCCCCAACCGCAACUUGGACAGCCCGCCCAACAUGGAGCAGGAUGGCACUAAGGGGAGCUCCCUGAGUCCUUACCCUCAGCACAAUGCUACCUCACCAGGCAAAGAGGAGGGCGGAGGUGGGGGGCGCCCCUGCAGCGACGGGGGCUCGGCCGCGGGCACCCUGGGCACCCCCGAGAGACGCAAGGGCAGCCUGGCAGACGUGGUGGACACACUGAAACAACGCAAGAUGGAGGAGCUGAUCAAAAACGAGCCAGAAGGUACCCCAGACAGCCUGGCGGAGAAAGAGCGCCAACUCAUGGGCAUGAUUGGCCAGUUGAGCAGCCUGAGGGAGCAGCUCUUGGCGGCCCAUGAGGAGCAGAAGAAGCUGGCCGCCUCACAGAUGGAGAAGCAGAGGCAGCAGAUGGAGCUCGCCAAGCAGCAGCAGGAUCAGAUUGCCCGGCAACAGCAGCAGCUUCUACAGCAGCAACACAAAAUCAACCUCCUGCAGCAACAAAUCCAGCAGGUCCAGGGCCAACUCCCUCCACUGAUGAUUCCUGUCUUUCCCCCAGACCAGCGAACUCUUGCGGCAGCUGCGGCCCAGCAGGGCUUCCUAAUGCCCCCUGGCUUCAACUACAAACCUGGCUGCAGUGACCCCUACCCUCUCCAGCUCAUCCCCACAACGAUGGCUGCUGCUGCUGCCGCCACACCAGGUCUAGGACCCCUACAGCUCCAGCAGUUGUAUGCUGCUCAGCUAGCAGCCAUGCAGGUUUCCCCUGGGGCCAAGCAGCACGGAGGCAGCCUUCCUCCCCAAGCCAACCUGGGCACGCACUCGCCACCCACCAACACACAUUCACAGAGUGACAAGGGCCGCAGCUCCCCGCUACCAAACAAAACCAAGGACAGUGAGGGUGCACAGCCACUGAACCUGUCGGCCAAGCCUAAGGCAUCCGAGAGCAAGUCACCCAACUCCCCCCCAACUUCCCCACAGGUGCCGGCUGCUGCUGCUGCUGCUGCGAACAAGCUGGACCCCGCCUCCAUGAAGCACAGCGUUGCCCCCUCCAGCAUUGGAGGACCACCGACCAGAGUCAGCUCAAUUGCAGACUUGUUGUCGUCGCUGUCUUCGACAGCCUACCUGAACGACCACGAGGCGGUGACCAAGGCCUUCGCCGAGGCUCGGCAGAUGAAGGAGCAGCUGAAGAGAGAGCAGCAGGUGCUGGAUGCCAAGGUGGCAGCCGUCAGCAACCUCAGCCUCAACAACGGCCGCUCAGACAAGGACAAAGCUGCCUUGGAGAGUCUGAGUCAACAGCUGAAGCAGCAGGCCGAGAACAAGUUCAGCCACGCCAUGCUGGACUUCACCAUGAGUGGAGACUCUGACGGCUCUCCCAGCGUGUCGGACUCCAGGAUAUUCCGAGAGUCUCGGGGUCGUAGCAGCAGCGAGCCACACAUCAAAAGGCCGAUGAACGCCUUCAUGGUCUGGGCCAAGGACGAGAGGCGAAAGAUCCUCCAGGCCUUCCCCGACAUGCACAACUCCAACAUCAGCAAGAUCCUUGGCUCACGCUGGAAAGCCAUGACCAACCUGGAGAAGCAGCCGUACUACGAGGAGCAGGCUCGGCUCAGCAAGCAGCACCUGGAAAAAUACCCCGACUACAAGUACAAGCCACGGCCCAAACGCACCUGCCUGGUGGACGGCAAGAAGCUGCGCAUCGGCGAGUACAAGGCCAUCAUGAGGUCCCGCAGGCAGGAAAUGAGACAGUACUUCAGUGUGGGGCAGCAGGGUCAGCUGCCCUUGUCCUCUGCAGGCGUCGUUUACCCAGGUGCCCUAUCCAUGGCGGGGAUGCCCUCACCCCAGAUGCCCUCAGAGCACUCAAGCAUGUCCAGCAGCCCUGAGCCCAACGCCAACCACCACCAGAACCCCAGCAUGCCCGGCCUCAAGGGGGAGGAGCCGCGAAUCAAGGAGGAGGAGCUCCGGCUAGACGACAGCAACGGCGACGUGUACGACGACUUCGACUACGAGGACGAAGAUGGCGACUAUGCCAGCGAUAACGAGAAUCAUAUCACCCAAUAGGACGGCAUCAGCACCGCCUGCUUUCUUUUUUUUUUUUUGUAAGCCAAUCACCGCUGGUUAAUCUCACAAAAUCCCCACCAAUCAGGAAGAAACCUUUCGCUUUUGCCAAUCGCUUUGGAACCAAUUUCACCGCCCCCUCCCCCCCAACUAACAUGGACUCUCUUAACAGAGCCAGAUCCACUCCCCUCCCCUUCCUCUCCCCCUGGAGUCCUGAUACCAGCAUCUUCUGAUCAAUCAACUGAAGCACAGGACCUGUCACUCACACUGACUGUUACACACUGACUGGAGGAAGAGACGACCAAGGCAGUUCUGAAGCUCGCUGAGGAAUACCCACAUAGUACUGCAGGUGUUAGAGUGUAAUGCCACGAGUGAAGAGAAAGCAACAUGGCUCUCAGAAAGCAACCUUUUAGUCCCGUUUGUUGAAGAAAAACUGAAAAACAGAGGACCUGUCAAAGGCUAACAUGACACUUUAAGAUGGCGGACCUGUUUAUUAUCAAGAGACAUUUUUAAAAAGAAAACAGCUUUUUUUGUUCUUUGGUUCUAUAAUAUUCUCACUCAGGUACACGGUGCCAAUAAGUGGCUUGUGAAUGUGAUUUGUUGUUUUUGUGCUACAAGUUUGAAUAAUAAUAGAAAAAAGAGACUUUUCUUUUUUCCCCUUUUGUUGUAAAGCACCUGAAAGACAUGAGACAUUUAUUUUUAACAAAAAGAUAUCUUUUCUUCAACCUCGCAGUGUGCUGUCAGCAACCCCCCCCCCACAAUUUUUCUCCCCCUUUGUGUUUUUUUGUGACCGCCCGCUUACCCCCCCUCCCCUCCUUGCAUCGCACGGAAUCAAAUGGGACGGUCCAGCCGGGACUGACCAGCACAAAGUGGACUGUCCCACUUUGAGUGGAUUUUCGGUGGGUGGGGAGGGGCGGGUUGCAGCAAAGGGAAGUCUCUCUGGCGUCACGGAGCAGAAACAAAAGCACUGUGUUGCGAGACAAUCCACCGGUUUUCUUCUCGCUCCAUCCCUCUAUCUCGAUCUCGUCCAGGGCAAAAAAACCCCACACAUCAGUGCGACUUCGCUCGAAACAUCCCAACAGUGCGAGUGUGUGUCAGUGUGUGUGCUCCACCAUUGGACGUUUGCACACGCGCUCGCAAAACGAAAACUAAUAAUACUGCAGAAAGACAGGCAACUAAUGCUGCUGCUGUUAUUUCCUGUAACACACACACACACACACACUGUGUUCUGUCCAGUGUUUUCCUAACCCCCCACCCUCCAAUCAAUGUUGUCCUGCUGUAUUGCAGUGGGCGGAGCUGAGGUGAAGUCAGCCAGUCAGUGUUUCUGUUUGUAUUUGAAUACUGUAUUUUAUUAUUUCUCUUCAAACUGCCUCUAGUCUAAUAAUAUUAUUAACAAUAAUUAUAAGGAUGGUCAACGUUUCCUAAGUUUAGUAAGUUAUGUACAGUAUAAUUUAUUUUUCUCCUCUUUAUUGGGUUUUUAUGACCAUAUGAAACAGUCAAUGAAGCAUUAUUCUAUUUAGCUGGUAGGUAUUUAGAUCUAAACAAAAAGUUGUCAUUUUACCUUGCUUUGUUUUGCUAUUUUAUUUUAUGUUAUUUUAUUUUUGAUCCCCUCCUAUUAAUCCUCUGCGGGCGGGUGAGCUGGACUGACAGACAUGGACGCCAGCCUUCGUCCGAACUGAAGACGUAACCCUUUUUAUCAUGUCCGAACCCAUUUCUAAGAAGCACUCAGACUCUGUGCAGUCAGAGAAGAAGAACAUGAUUUUAUAUUGUUAUUAUAAUUUUAUUUGUAAUGAUUAUCAUAAUGUAUAAUGUGAAUUUCCUCUUCUUCUUUUUUUUAAAUUUUUACAUGUUUUUGGUUUGUCACUUUUUCUGUGAACAGAGACCCGUCCCCGUUUACUAGUUUGGCUGCCUCACUGCGACACAGUGGAACAUCUUUGGCAUGGAUCCACACACACACACACACACACACACACACACACGCGCAUGCACGCACUGGAGGAUGCACCGAUGAAAUUCUGGGCCGAUACCAACACUGAUGUUUAUAAUGUAGCUGACAGCCAAUACCAAUAUUUUUUCAGUGUCUUUCUUCUGUACAAAAAUAUACUGACCUAUUUGAAAGUCUUGCAGAUUUUCAUCACACAUUUUUUGAACAUUCAGAAUAAAGGAUGUCUUGUUAAUAUCCUGAAAUCAGCAGGAUUGAAUAUCAGCCAUUAACGAUAUUAGGCCGAUAUAUCGGCCAUUUAUAUAUAUAUGUAUUUUUUUUGGGGGGGGGGAUUUAACACCCCUUUUUUACCAGUGAAGCAAUGAAAUUCUUUUUAAAGAAAUACACCAGUUUUAGAGUCUUUUAUUGGAUAUUUUAAAGAAUUAAUCCAAAUAAAACCUAUUUGCCAAUAUCUGUCAACGGAGGUCAGUAUUGGCUGAUAGUAUAUUCAACCGAUAUAUCAGUACAUCCCAAAUGUGCAGAUACACCACAUACAGGCACAUUUCAAAUGAAGAGAUUAUCAUGACAACCAAACAAAUCCUAUGCUGUCCUUUUUGUUUCUUGAAAAAAAAAAUCCUGUAUAUAGACGUUUUUUUUUUGUUGUUGUUGUUGUUUUUGUUUUUUGUGAUAGCAGUGACUUUUUUUUAAUCAUGAGAAAGCAGUGUUUACUGCGAUCCACCAAGGCUGUUCCACUGUGUGCGCGUGUGGGUCUGCAGUAUCUUCAUCAGGAGCCCUUUGCUUUGUUUGAGCUCCACACGAUGCUACAGGAGCCAUGACUGCUCUUCAGGUGUGCUGUUAUAUGUCACAUUCUCGCUUAUAGAUGUUUCCUACAUGCCACAUAACAAGCUUCUGGGUCUUAAUUUCGCUGUAUAGUCACCCCUGUUAUCACACCUUUGUUGAACCCCAUGCUGGAAAGAGGGGACUAAAUGAAUAAGUCCAUUUUUUUAAACAGUAUCAGGAUGGUGGGUGUUUGGGUGGGGCAUUAAGAGAUCAGUCAUCCCUGCUGGCAAGGUCCGUCCCCAUAUCAAGACAAUGAAAAUGAUGAUGAUGAUAUUAUUUAAGACAAUCAAAGUCAUGAGUGGAGCUCAAAACAAAGUAAGAAUUAUUACUAGUAAACAAAAAAAUAUCUUACCAUCUCGACUUGAAAAUUCAAGAAAGAUAAUUAUGUAAAUAUAACAUAGAGUUAUAGAUUUAUAUUUUGUUCAUAACACAGUGUAAUAUAAGUUGUAUAUUUCUUUUUUUUCUUCCUCUCCCUACUGUCUCUUUUAUUGAUGUUAUCCAUGCCACAGAAAAAGCAAGAGUCACAGCGCUCGCACAAAAAAAGAAGAAAAAUAUCAAAGAAAUAAAGAAAAACAGGGGAAAAAAAGCCGUGGGCUGCCACCACCAUCUGUUCUAAGUUCACUUUUUUUCAGUAUUACUGCCAGACAAGGCUCUAAUAAAGACAGCAAUGUGUUCAGUAAAAAAAACUUGUGCUGG